GGGACUCAUUACGCUCACACACUGCGCGUCGAGGCCACGUAUACUCGCGCUCUCAAGCGCGUUCGCGAAAUAGUACUGACCAGGUCGUUUGUCCCCUCGACUUAUUUUAGUUGGUUCAGUCGCUGCUAUUCGCCGCCCACGCGGUACCUGAGGGAAGAACACCGAUAAAAACACACUUUAAGGAUCGUGAACCCGGUGGUUUAGUCUGGGGUUUCUUUUGUAAAAAGAAGCAAAAGCGCGAGAAUACCCGGUCGGUUCGUCGACCGGCGCGAUCGUGCGACGAGCCUCUCCGUCGAACGGGAAGAGGAGGCGAGAGACGUUGAGAAGGAGAGUACGGGAGUGAGCGCGGGCGGGCGCGUGCUCACGUCACUUUCGUUCUCGGCUGGUGGCGCGGGUAGUGGUGUUGUGUUAUUCAGCUUUUCAGAGGUGCAGAAAAUAAAAAAAUAUUAGUGAAAUCGAAAACUUUUAUUUUAUCGUAAUUUGAUCAGAAAUAGAAAAAGUUAAAUAGGAUAAAAUAAAAUUCCACAGGUAACGAGAAAACUUAGAUCAUCCAAUCGAUGAUCACAGAUAUUGUUGUAAGUGACGUGCUAUCUGUAACGAAGCGGCGAGAAGCCGCUCGUUGCAUUCACAUGUGGUAAUAAUUUAAAAACGGGACCAACUUAUCCCAAUGUGUUGCAAUGUGGCCGAGGGACGACUGUAAAGUGCAAAUGCAACAAUAAUAAUUGCUUUGAUAAAAAAAAACAGCUGAAGAAGUUACAUGCACUCCUGAGGAGCUCCUUGGUCUAUCAGGAAGGCAAUAUCUACCCUUCCAAAGGAUGACGAUGGACGGUAUGGAAGUGAUGGGCUCGCAACCCCAUGCGGCUGCAACAAGUCCCUUUCUCUUGUCGUCACCACCUCCUGGGCACCACCAUCAUCAUCACCACCAUGCUACGUUUAAUCUUCAAACGGUACAGUUAAGUUUCGAUGCCUGCCUGACAUACAAUUCUGCAUCAUCGGCCGCCGGACACGGCGGUACUUCAUCUUUGGCCACGAAUACUUCCUCACUGCCUGGGAAAGCAGCCGUUCCGUCACUUUCCCUGCUGAACUCCUGCAGUCCUCUCCAUCAACAGCAUCAUGAUGUUCAUUCAGCUUCACCUGAUCUUCAGCAACCCCAUCAUCACGACCACCCCAAUCACCACAAUCACGAUCAUCAUCACCCACAUCAUCAUCGACACGAAGAUCAUCGAUUGCAACCCGAUAUCGAUGCUCCUGCUUCGCCUAGGGAUUCCUGCCAUGACGCAAGGCAUCAACAAAGGCUCGAGGACGACCGGGAAUGCAUAUCUGACUGCAGAGACGGCAUACAGGAUCAGACCGAGAAAGACAAGGCUGGCGAUCUCAACACACCGGUUACCACCAGCAGCGAUUUGCCCUCCUUCUUCGGCCCCUCUGCCCUUGUGGAACCACCACCGAUCACAGGUGGUUUAACUGGCGCAGAUCUUUCUUUAGUGGAACCUUCAGCAGAUGAUGAUACGGGAAAUUCUGCGACUGGAGAUCGACCCCAUCACCACCACCAUCCAGAAUCUCAAGAUCAAUCAGUGGGUGCGCCUUCAGCAAGUCCAUCAUCCCAGCAUCAGACCCAGGAUGACAUCGAUCGUUGCAAUAUUCUUCAAAGUGGGGUGAUACUUUAUUCUGUACCACAUUCGACUGCAAACGUGGCUUCAACGCCAUCUACGAGCGUGAAUAUCUGCAAUGUACCAACACUAACCUAUCGUGGAGUCUUCACAACCACCUGUACACAAUCUUCUUCCCUCAACAACUUGCAGACCUCACAACAGCAACAGCAGCAUCUACAGACACAAACGCCGAAUCAGGAGAUCUGGGGAUCACUACCCUCCCCAACCCUUACUCUCACUGGACAACCGUUUCUUCACUCUUCUCUCCACGCUAGCCCAUAUGGCGGAGAGACCGUAGAGCUUCUCCAAGUGGAUUCCAAGCCUCCAGCACCUCCAGGCUAUCAUGAUAGUCCAAGCUCGACACCUUCUGGUUGGCUUACUGCUCAUGAGGAAGCCUACGACUCUGGACUACUACACCACCAUCAGCAGCAUCACACCCAUCAUCAUCACCAGCAACACCAUCAGGAACCCGCCUUAAAACAGGAGCCUUCAGUAACACCAGGUUACCAACCUGUUCAACAACAACAACAACAACCACAGCAAGACUCAAGUCAAACUGCUGCAGGAGUGCAGUUAGCAGAAUACAAUCCAAGUACAUCUAAAGGUCACGAGAUUCUGUCGCAGGUCUAUCAGCAGAGUGCUCUCCCUCUUAGGCUUGUUCCGGUAAAACCCAGAAAGUAUCCCAAUCGACCUAGCAAGACUCCUGUCCACGAACGACCUUACGCUUGUCCUGUUGAUGGAUGUGAUCGUCGAUUCUCCAGAAGUGAUGAACUGACACGACACAUUCGCAUUCACACUGGCCAAAAACCUUUCCAAUGUCGAAUCUGUAUGAGGUCGUUCUCCAGGAGUGACCAUCUCACGACACACGUGCGAACGCACACGGGUGAGAAACCCUUUUGUUGCGACCAAUGUGGUCGAAAGUUCGCCAGAAGUGACGAGAAGAAGAGACACGCCAAGGUUCAUCUGAAGCAGAGACUAAAACGAGAGGCGACCCAUUCCUCCUCAUCACGAAAUCAUCUUCAGACUCACUCAGCUUCCUCGCCAUGCAAUAAGUAGUAAAAUAGUAACUGUAAGUUCACACACUUACGAAAAUUCGUAUUUAAGCGCUUGAUCUAGAGAUCAAAUGGAUACCGAGUAUUACGAGUACAUCUGUGUAAUAGGACUCUGUCGAUAAGGGCGCUUGUGUUAAUGAUUAUUAAGUAAAGACUUAGUGCACGCUCACUUAGACGAGGUGAAAAAUGGACUCUUUCCUCUCGAAGAUGUCAUGCCAUUACUAGUCAACCUCUCAAAGUUCGACUGGUUACAGUAAGGUCAAUACAGUCUAAGAGAUAACACAGAUUACGUUUGAUAUUUAGCGAGGAAAAAAUAAUUGAGAAAAACUGAUAAAAUUUGUUAUACAACUUGUGUCAAAAUAAUGUUACUGAAAUGAACAUUUUUAAAUGUUGCAUCAUUUUAAAACAUUUCAGAAAGCCUUACUGUUCUAUUCGACUACAAUUGUUCUCAAAUAUACAAAGGAACUGAGUGCUAAUUACAGAAAAAAGUGUAUACAUAUGUGUGUGUGUGUGUGUGUGUGUGUGUGUGUAAAUGGUGAAACAAUCACUGCAAGGUCCCCCUUGGAGCGACUGCCGUCCAGGAAAAUGACACUGGCUUCCAGUAGAACAGCGGCAAAUCACAUCUCUGUGUGUAUGCGUGAGUGUGUGCGCGCGCUGAAGGUCAUUUAUAAGGCAAGGGUGUGCAACUACUACUUGUUUCAGGACCAUUAAGAAACAUUUGAAUGCUGAGUGAAAUUAAUUCGUUCAAUAUGUAGCUGCCAUUUGACAUGUGCAACACUUGUGCACUCUGUGAACGUUUAAUUAUUGUCUGCAAUAGCCAGCUACGAUAUUCAUCGCAUUCCUAUACAGUAUUUUUAUUGCUCAAAAACCCUUUAGAAUGGCUGUUGGAGUUGAGUUCCUUUUCAAUUUAGAUGGGAGCGUAGUCAUUGGUUUCAAUAAUCGGGUAUUAUAGCCAGUCAAUUUUCGAGAAGCCGGCGGAAACGUGACGGAGACCUUUCGACGAAGUUUCGUCAACGACUGAUUCGUCAUAGAUAGCAAAUCGGCCGUGUCCAUUCGGGACUUGCGAUUAUCACGGUUAUCAGGGUAGCGGGCUUCUCUCGAAACAGCAUGCACUCGAAACCCACGUUGAUUCGAUAUUUCUACAACGAUCCUUUGAGAUAUUUCUAUGCAGACAAAAUAGAUUUAAAAUAAUGUUGCUAACGAGCAAAAGUUAAUCAAACGGUUUGUCUGAACAGUGUAAUUCGUGGGUGAUAACAAUCGGGCAUAAGAAGUAUUGUUUCUAGCGUGGGGUUACAAUCAAAUCUCGGAUUAUUCCAUAACUUUGCUAAAAGUAUCGCCAGAGUGAGCUAGCGCUGGUUAUAACCAGGAAUUUACUAUUCAGAAUCUUCUACAGGCUCCAUUUCUGGACGCAUUUUGAAGUGUCUUUUUUAGAAAUUCUGAGAAUUAAAAUGUUGAGGUCCCCAAACUCUUUGAUUUUUAAAUUAAAUUUUGCAUAUAACAAAAUAUAAAUAAAAAUAGCGACAAAAUUAACAAUGUUAAGAAUAUCGUUCUUAGAUUGAUCUAGAAUUCCAGUGUUAUUUAUAUAAAUAACAAGUUUGUUUCGUAGUAGUGUCUCCUCUACAACAAAUUCUCUAAGGAUUAUCUCAUUACUCUGUGCAUCAGUGAUUUGCCGCAUAUUAUGCGUAGGAAUUUGAUGCUUAUCGCGUCAAUUAAAAAUAUAGAGUAUAGUAUAUUUUAUAGAUUUAAGUAUAAAUAUGGAAUUAUAUAUUGCCCUUUUAGCUUUACUUGAUAUUUCUUUCGUCUGACGAUGGGCCCUGCUCUACUGAUGACUUAAUGGAAUGUACCAUUUAAUUGUUAUAAACAGUUUGUUAUAAACUACUUUUUUAAACAAAUUCUUCAAUCUAUCAGUUUGUUGAAAAAAAAAGAUUUUCCUUAAAAUCGUUUUAGUUUAUUAUUAAAAAGGUUCGUAACGAAAAAUGGUUAUAAAACACAAUUAUAAACAACGUAUAAAGUUACAGACAAUUUUUUAACCUAGUAAAUUUCAUGGAAUGACUAAUGGACAUAUUACAUUAAGAAUUAAAUGCUAUUGAAUCAAAAGUGCGCACUUUUGAAUCAGUAGCGUUUUUUCAUAUAAAAAAGUUAAUAUUAGGAUAAAAACGUUUCAUUAAAAGGUGAAUUUGAAUGAAAAAUUAAAAAUUUUCAUUGUUUAAACAAUUUUAGGGUGUAAAAUUUCUUUUGAAGUUGCAGCUACGAAAAAACGAAUCGAUUCGAUUCUACGGUAGAAUUACAUGGAAUCUAUAUUUUAGACCAUUUUUUUCUCAACCCUAUUUGUUAUGUAGUAUAAAUAAACUCGUGGAUUAUAUAUAGUUUUCCCCGUAGAAUCGAAUGAUCUUAUUAGCCGAUUGGUCUACUCAUGAAACUUUAUCGAAUGAAAAAUUGUGUAUAACUUUAUAAUUUUUAUAUGAAUUUUCUAAUUAUAUGACCGUUUUUCGUUACUAAUGUCAUUAUAAUAACAAAUUACAACGAUUUUAAAACAAAAUUAGUUUAUUUAACAUCAAACUGAUGUCCUGAUGGAUUUUUUUAAAUAAAUUGUUUAUAAACAAUAACUUGUACAUUGAAUUAAUUAUUAACGUCCCUUAAGCAUGUGCGCAUUCAUUCUAAUGAAUAGCGAGUUUAUUUAAGCAAUUCUCUUUUAGGUAUGAAAUCAUAUUCCUAAUUUUGUCAAUUUCGUCGCUAUAUUUGUUUAUUGUUAAAUUAAUUUAAAAAAACGCAGAUUUUGAUGAGCUUUCAAAAUUAAGUCUGAGGAUUUGUAAAAAAAACAUUGAAGGCCAUCAAGAAGUAGAGCAGUAGAGGAUUAUUCACAGUAUAAGUGAAUUCAUGGUUUUGAUCACUGUGCGCUGGUCAGUAAAUCGGAAUAACCGGAAAAUACCAAUUAUUCCAUUUUUUACUCGUAAUUUUUUGAUCUAUAGAAAAGGCUGAUGGUGAGUUAUAUCUGUAUGUUACUUUUGCUUUCACUUUUCAAAUUAACAUUAGUCACUUUUCCGCAUUUGGCACCAAACGUCAAUUUUUCUUGUUAACGUUACCAAUUGGUAAUGUUUUCGGAAAAGUGACAGUUAACAACAGGUUGACAAGUCUCUUAGAAUAUUUUUAAUUAGUUUAUAUUCUUUUAAGAUUUGUUUAAAUUAUAUUCAGUAUUUUCAAUUA